AAAUGAGUACAGAUGGUGGUGUCAGCACAGCAUAUUGUCAGUGCACAUCAUCAUAGGUUUGCCACUAGGAAGUCCAGUUAAGGUGUUUGUUGUGUAAUAGGGACAAGUGCGCUGUUUGACAACAAUACAGAAGAGAAAUCACGUGAACGCCACAUGAAAUCACAGUAGUGUUCUCUUUAAAACCAAUGAGGCAGGAGAUACGAAGCCCACAUACAAUAAUUUGUAAUACUUUGUGGGUGAUGAAACAGCAGCCUUCAAAUCAAAUUGUUUCCCCCCUCGUGCCUGCUCAGGGAGUAGUUUAGUUUCUUUUCUUUUUUUUUUGGUUAACACCAUGGGAAGGUUUCACAACCCUCUCAUUGGCUCAGAAGUCAGAGACCCCAUCAUAUAAAGCGAGAGUGUGUGAUGUAGCAGUCUUUUCCAGCUGGCGGCGUUUUGGACUCCGACUAACGGGAUAGCUUAGUACCUUUUACGCACAGAGAGCUGGGAGAAAGCGCAGACCAGCGCACGGCGGCGAUCACGUUUCGAAGGAAACGAGUUAUACAGGUAACAGAGAAACUGUGAACUGAGGAGUCUGAGUGGGCAUGUGGCUAUUGGAGAAGCUCCGUGGCUCCGUGGAAAGCAGUGGGAAACAAUCUCCGUCCCCACAGACAGUAGAAGCCAUUCCUGUUUCUGUUUAUGCAAAUGUCCUCACUCCAGAGAAAAUCCCUGAUUUCUUCAUCCCUCCCAAACUUAUCUGCUGCCCACCAGAGGAGUCCCUGAGCCCGGACCCUCAGCACUCCUUGCGACCCUCCUCUUCUGACAAUGCCAUCUGUAGUCAGAGCCCCAGAGCUCGGAGCAGCAAGAACCCCUGCAGCCCUCGCCUCUUUUCCCGCAAUCUCCAGAAGUCAGCCAACCGUCACAUCAUCCAAAUAGAGAGUGCUGAUGAGCCAGGUGCUGGGUCAGUGGACCGAGUCAGUGUUCAAGUCAACACUAAUGCAGAUCCUCACUCACAGACUGCAAUGUCUCUGCCAUAUGUCCCCAAGGCUCAGACCUCUUAUGGCUUCUCCACCUUGAUGGAGUCUCCUCACACCCGACGUAAGGAGAGCCUUUUCCACAGUGACCCGAGCAGCCCGCUCACCUCUCCGAACUCACAGAGGCGGUCCCAAGGGGGGGCUCUUCUGGCCCCAGCUGACCCCAACCCCUAUCGUUAUUUUAGUGGUGGAGAGAGUGACACCUGCUCCUCAGCAGAGUCGUCCCCCUUCAACUCCCCUCUCCUCUCCCGCUCUGCCUCUCUCCUGCGCUCUAUCACCCAAGAGACACAAGCCAAGAUGUCCCGUGCCAAGCGUUCCCUGGCACGCCACAGUUCUCUUUCCACUGAUGAAUGCAGCUCAGCAGACAACAGCCCCAACAUGCAGCGCCGCCGCUUGCGCUGCCCUCCCUCUCCUGCCUUCCGUGGAAGUAAGAGCAGUGGCUUAAGGGGCGCAGCGUCAGACCUCCUGCAGCGUGAGCACACUGUCAACCUCCACAAGGGGGGGACAGUGAGGCUGAUCACUCACUACGACCCAGAGGCGGCUCGACUGAGGGUGCGCGUGCUCGUAGCUGAGGCCCUUUACGAUAGGCAGACGGACCUUAAAAGCAUUAACUGCUGUGUAGCGCUGUAUCUCAACCCUGGCAAGCAACAGAAACAGAGGAGCACCAUCAUCAAGAAUAGCAGGAAUCCGGUAUUCAACGAGGACUUUUUUUUCGAUGCACUGCCUCAGGCACAAGUAAAGAGUCUGGCCAUGAAGAUAAAGGUACUGAACAAAGGUACCAGUCUCAAGAGAGAUGUGCUUCUAGGAGAAAGGGAGGUGCUGCUCAGCGAGCUGCUGGCAGACCUCUAGGAAGCCCCUGUCAAGCAGCUCCACAUCUUGAGGGUCCUUUUAUUCUCUGGCGACCUUUCUAGCCCAUUUCAAAGAUCGUAUAAAGACUGGACAGGUGAAAGCAUGCCAGCGACUAUGGGGUUAUAUUUGCACACUGUGUUAUGCACACCAAUGAACAGAAAACCAAGGUCUCUGUAGAAAUUUCACUUUACCAAGUUGCCAUCAAUAGCUCUUCUUUUUCAGAAGCCACUCCAGUAUAAACACAUCCAAAGCACUGUUUUUUAUUUCUUUAACGGUAAAUUAGCAAUGUUGCCAGUGGAGCUGUGGUCCUCGUUUGUGUAUUUCUCAUUAGGUUAGCUGUUACAAAAGGUGCUGUCCUCUCCGAUGCUCAUUGUGAUGUGGCUCAGUAUCAUAUCAGGUGUGAUGCAAUGAUGACCUUGUUUAAGCUAGAGCUGUAUUUUUGUAUUAAUGCUGUAAUACAUGUGAUUUUUGCACGAUCCUGAUUAAAUUAAUGAUCUCUGUGCAAAGAAUUUAUAUUUGGGGAUUAGAUUUUGGCUGUUAAUGAAUGUAGUGAUAAUGUGAAUUGCUGUUAUGUGUUAUGCUGUUCAUCUUAAAUAAAAAUACUAAAUUCACA